AUGAGGGGCAGUGCCUGGCAUUAUGCAACCCGCCUCUUAGACUCGCGGAGGUCUACUCUGCUGCGGGCUGAAACAGCAGAGGGCAGGCGGCUGGAAGGCGACUCUCACCGCCAGCAACCGCUGAGCUCAGCGGCUGACGUCGGUUCCCUGGCGACCGCGGCGGCGGAAGCGCGUGGUGCUGGCUGGGAACGAAUUUCUCAACCUUCAAAAAUAAUUCUUCACCUCACUCACAAGCCAGGCCUCAAGGCCACCUUGUUCAUCCGUGGUGGCCUCUGCACCGUCCCUGUUUUUCUGUCCUCCCCAUGGCCCAGACAUGAGCGCCCCCUAGAAGGGGCUGAUGGGGGAGGGGACCCCAGGCGAGAAUCCUUUUGUCCUGGAGGAGUCCCAUCCCCUGACCCCCCACAGCACCGGCCUUGCCCAGGCCCCAGCCUGGCUGAUGACACCGAUGCCAACAGCAACGGCUCAAGUGGCAAUGAGUCCAAUGGGCAUGAAUCCAGGGGUGCAUCCCAACGGAGCUCACAUAGCUCCUCCUCUGGCAAUGGCAAGGACUCAGCUCUUUUGGAGACCACCGAGAGCAGCAAGAGCACAAACUCUCAGAGCCCAUCCCCACCCAGCAGUUAUGCCUACAGUCUCCUGAGUGCCAGCUCAGAGCAGGAACCAUCUACCAGUGGCUGCAGCAGUGAACAGUCAGCCCGGGCAAGAACCCAGAAGGAACUCAUGACAGCACUUCGGGAGCUCAAACUCGACUGCCAUCCAGAGCGUCGGGGCAAGGGCCGUUCUGGGACCCUCGCCACACUACAGUAUGCACUGGCUUGUGUCAAGCAGGGGCAGGCCAACCAGGAAUACUACCAACAAUGGAGCCUGGAGGAGGGUGAGCCAUGUGCCAUGGACAUGUCCACAUACACCCUGGAGGAGCUGGAGCAUAUCACAUCUGAGUACACACUUCGCAACCAGGAUACCUUCUCGGUGGCUGUCUCCUUCCUGACAGGCCGAAUUGUGUACAUUUCGGAGCAGGCAGGUGUUCUGCUGCGUUGCAAGCGGGAUGUGUUUCGGGGUGCCCGCUUCUCAGAACUCCUGGCUCCCCAGGAUGUGGGUGUCUUCUAUGGCUUCCACUGCUCCAUCUGUCUGCCCACCUGGGGCACUGGGGCCUCUGCAGGUUCAGGUGUCAAGGAUUUUACCCAGGAGAAGUCUGUUUUCUGCCGCAUCAGAGGAGGUCCUGACAGAGAUCCAGGGCCUCGGUAUCAGCCAUUCCGCCUAACCCCAUAUGUGGACAAUCGGGUCUCAGAUGGGGCCCCUGCGCAGCCGUGCUGCUUGCUCAUUGCUGAGCGCAUCCAUUCGGGUUAUGAAGCUCCCCGUAUCCCCCCUGACAAGAGGAUUUUUACCACACGCCACACACCCAGCUGCCUCUUCCAGGAUGUGGAUGAAAGGGCUGCCCCGCUGCUGGGCUACCUACCCCAGGAACUCUUGGGGGCUCCAGUGCUUCUGUUCCUGCAUCCUGAGGACAGACCCCUCAUGCUGGCCAUCCACAAGAAGAUCCUGCAGCUGGCGGGCCAACCCUUUGACCACUCACCUAUCCGCUUCUGUGCCCGUAAUGGGGAAUAUGUCACCAUGGACACGAGCUGGGCUGGUUUCGUGCACCCCUGGAGCCGCAAGGUAGCCUUUGUGUUGGGCCGUCACAAAGUACGCACGGCACCCCUGAAUGAGGAUGUGUUCACUCCUCCAGCCCCCAGUCCAACUCUGUCCCUGGACUCUGAUAUCCAGGAGCUUUCAGAGCAGAUCCAUCGGCUACUAUUGCAGCCCGUGCACAGCUCUAGCCCCACAGGGCUCUGUGGGGUUGGCCCCCUGAUGUCCCCAGGCCCUCUCCACAGCCCUGCUUCCAGUGAUAGCAAUGGGGGUGAUGGAGGGCCCGGACCACCUGCUCCAGUGACUUUCCAGCAGAUCUGUAAGGAUGUGCAUCUGGUGAAGCACCAGGGACAGCAAACUUUUCAUUGAGUCCCGGGACCGGCAUCCCCACAGCCUCGCCUCCCUGCUACAGGCACAUUCAAGGCAAAGGAGCCCUUUCUUGCAGUCCCAGACCCAGAACUGGAGGCAGUCCCUACUCCAACCCCAGGCUCACGCUUGGCCCCUGAGGAGGCUGAGAGGAAAGAAGCCUCCAGUUGUUCCUACCAGCAGAUCAACUGCCUGGACAGCAUCCUCAGGUACCUGGAAAGCUGCAACAUCCCCAGCACAACCAAGCGUAAAUGCGCUUCUUCCUCCUCCUAUACUGCCUCCUCAGCCUCUGAUGAUGACAAGCAGAGGACAGGUCCAGUCCCCAUAGGGGCCAAGAAAGAUCCAUCGUCAGCAGUGCUGUCUGAGGGGGGCACUCCUCGGAAGGAGCAGUGGUAGGAGGGCACCUUGAGCCCGCUGCCCUGGCCAAUAAGGCGGAUGAGCGUGGUGUCUGUCACCAGUCAGGUAGCUCUCAGCUCCACCAUCGUCCAUGUGGAGACAGAGCCCCCGGAGUCGGACAUCAUCCUGAUGGAGGACCUGCCUGGCCUAGCCCCAGGCCCAACCCCCAGUCCGGCCCCCAGCCCCACAGUAGCCCCUGACCGCCCCGAUGCCUACCGCCCAGUGGGCCUGACCAAGGCCGUGCUGUCCCUGCACACACAGAAGGAAGAGCAAGCCUUCCUCGGCCGCUUCCGAGACCUUGGCAGGCUUCGUGGACUCGACAGCUCUUCCACGGCCCCCUCGGCCCCUGGCGAGCGAGGCUGCCACCAUGGCCCAGCACCCCCCAGCCGCCGGCACCACUGCCGAACCAAAGCCAAGCGCUCACGCCACCACCAGACCCCACGGGCUGAAGCCCCCUGCUAUGUCUCCCACCCCUCACCUGUGCCCCCUGGCCCCUGGCCCCCCCCUCCAGCCACUACUCCCUUCCCAGCAGUGGUCCAGCCUUAUCCACUCCCAGUGUUUCCCUCGGGAAGUCCCCAGCCUCUUCCUCCUGCCCCCACGUCUGUGCCCUCUGCCCACUUUCCCUGCCCCCCUAGUAACUCCAAUGGUGCCUUGGUGCUCCCUAACUAUCUGUUCCCUACUACAUCUAGCUAUCCCUUUGGGUACCUCAGGACACCAGGAGGGCCUCCUACCCCUGCCUCCCAUUCACCCUCCCCAUCCCUGCCCCCACUUCCUCCUAGUCCCCCACACCGCCCAGACUCCCCACUGUUUAACUCAAGAUGCAGUUCCCCACUCCAGCUCAAUCUGCUGCAACUUGAGGAGCCCCCCGUGCUGAGGGGGGGCACUGUUGCAGGGGGUCCGGGCAAUGCUGGGCCCCCACCUCCUAGUGAGGAGGCCGCUGAGCCUGAAGCCAAGAUUGGGGUAACGGAAUCCUCCAAUCAGGGAUGCACUGUCUGGCUCCAGUGACCUAUGGAACUGCUGCUGCAAGAGGACUCUCGUUCUGAAGGCUCUGCAGCCUCAGGCUCCCUUGGCUCUGGCUUGGGCUCUGGGUCUGGUUCAGGAUCCCAUGAAGGGGGCAGCACCUCAGCCAGCAUCACCCGCAGCAGUCAGAGCAGCCACACAAGCAAGUACUUUGGCAUUGACUCUUCGGAAGCUGACGCUGGGGCUGUCAAGCCAGCUGAGCCUGGGGACCAGGUCAUUAAUGUGCUCCAGGUCCCCAUCUGGCUGCUUAUGGCCAAUGAUGACCAAGCGUGAGACUACCAGGUGCCCUCCAGGUGAGGAAUGGCAUCUGUGCUGAAGCAGGAUCGGGAACGGCUCCGAGCCAUGCAGAAGCAGCAGCCUAGGUUCUCAGAGGACAGCGGCGGGGAACUGGGUGCUGUGCACUCCUGGAGUCCGCAAGGGCCAGUGCCUCGGGCUGAUGUGAUGGCCUGUGUGGACUGUGGUAGCAGCUCCCAAGACCCUGGCCACCCUGAUGACCCACUUUUCUCGGAGCUGGAUGGACUGGGGCUAGAGCCAUGGAGGAGGGUGGAGUCGAGGGUGGCAGCCAGUGGUGGUGGUGGUGACGUGAUGGUGGCAUGGUGUGAGGGUGAGGGUGGUGAGGAGGCCCCGGCCCAAGUUGAGGCCAAGGUCUCAAGCUCUCAGGACUCUGCCAUGGAGGAGGAGGAACAAGGUGGGAGUUCGUCCAGUCCAGCCUUAUGUGCAGCAGAAAAUGGCACCAGCUACACUCCAUUUUGGGGGCCACUUCCCGGAGUCCAUGCGAGGCAUCCUUCUCUCAUGUUGCAAUUCUCAGAACUCAGAUGUGGCUGGACCAACCAAUAGAAAACUGCCCCAGCUUCUCCACCUUAGGGGGCGGGACCCCCAUCACCAGCCCAGGAUCCAGAGGCUGCCUCUGGCUUCUUAGGGAACAGAGGAACUUUUCAGGCCCACCAAGAGGAGGGUCACCGCCCACCCUUUGUGGAGGCCCUUCUUCUGGAUAAGGUUGCUGAUAAGCUGCUGAAAUGGGCUCGCCAAAUCCCAGCUGAGCCUGAGUCCCAGUCCCGAGGGUUGGGGCUGCACUUAUUUAUUGGGGGAGACAGCUCUCUCUCCCUCCUCCUCCCCACAUGGGGGGAGGGGAGCCUGGGGCCCAAGGAGGACCCAGGGGUUUGAACCCCUAGCUGCUCCAGGGUGGGGGAGGUUGGUGACCAUGGAGUCCCUGGUGCUGCCCCUCAGGUGGACCCCAGGCGUUCUCAGCCUUUACCCUAUACCAAUGG